CAGGAAGUGGUGCAUUAACACGCGCUGCUUUUCACCUCGAAAAUCCGUGCUUAAAUCAACACAAAAAGAAAAGUGGAAAACUUCGCGUAACACAGCGAGAACAACAACGUGCGGUGUUGUGAGCUUGCCGCAAAAAUCAAAUGAAAGUCCAAACGCAAAGUAAAGCCAAGCGAAAGUCGACAAAAGUGGCAAUAUGCAGUGCGUGUGCAUAGAAAAACCAGAUGUACAGCGGCCACAGGGUAAAGUACUUUGGACAAGUGAAAAAUCCCCCAAACGCCAGUGAAAAUCGAAGGAAAAAUCAACACAGCAUACGCAGAGAAAAUCGCUGCAACACCGGACAAAAUGUGUGGCAGCCAAAGAGGCUGCCUUUGAGGCUGAGUGAGUGGCUCAAGCACGAAGACCUUUUGUAAGAGACAAGCCUAGAGAAACUAAGGAAAAACUUCAAGAUAUUACGAGAAUCUUCUUAUAUUUGAAAUAUUUUCAAAUUCGAAUUCAAAAAACUUUAUUCUUAAUAAACUAAUUGAUAAAUAAUUAAAUAAUAGUAAACAAAGCUCAAAUAGACUGAAAUAGAGUCCAAAUAUAUUACGAAAGUAAAUGCAAUUAAUUCAACAUAUCAUAUAAAUUAAUUAGAACAAAUUGCAUUUAAGUUAUUAACAAAGAAGGAAAACCAAACUAAACAAGCGAAUAAUUACACAAAAACCAAGGGCAGGAAAAAUCAAUGGACAAAGUCAAAAAACAAACACGGAAAAAAGCAAGUGAACCAAUAUAAAAAAAAAAACAGAUCAAAGUGCGGAAAGUGUGUGGUGGCUCCAUCGCGAACAACCAUUAACCCAUUGAAUACUCUAUAACUAAAUUUCUUUAAAAUCGCCGUUUAGUUCGCGUUCCAAUUAAGUAGAUAUCAAUAAAUUAUCGAUUUACAUCCAACAGCCAGAAGAACGGCUAGCCAAAUGGAUCAUCAAUCGUAGGGGCAGCCGAAAAGAAACCAAGAUCGUCGAGUGUCUAUGAGGACAGCUGAAAGUACUUGUUUUUUUUUUUUUGGGGGCGUGGCUCCAGUUGCCCCGCGCCCACGCACACGCACGUCCACGGGAGCAAGGGAGACAAGGCGAGCAGUGCGACAGAGAGGGCGAGACAGAUGUGCGAGCGGCGGGUUCUUUCACGCAAACUAAAGCCACAUCUUGUUGCGGACACCGUUAAGCAGUAUAUAAGUCGGGCCCAACGCACAACCAAGAAGGGUUCUCAAGAGCAACAAAAUAUGGAGUUUUUACGCGGCGUCUAUGCGUUUAUGCAAGUGAGUAGAUCAUCGGUGUCUCAUGUCAAAAUCGAUUCACCUGUUUUUCGCCUGCACACCAACGCAACGGUUAUAUUACUGAUCACAUUCUCGAUUGCUGUGACGACGCGGCAGUAUGUAGGAAAUCCCAUAGACUGUGUACAUACAAGAGACAUUCCCGAAGAUGUUCUCAACACAUAUUGCUGGAUACACUCAACGUAUACAGUGGUCGACGCGUUUAUGAAAAAGCAAGGUUCCGAGGUGCCUUUUCCCGGAGUUCACAAUUCACAGGGCCGCGGGCCUCUAACAAUAAAGCACACAAAAUAUUAUCAAUGGGUAGCGUUUACACUAUUUUUUCAGGCAAUCUUAUUUUAUACACCAAGAUGGCUGUGGAAAUCUUGGGAGGGUGGCAAGAUUCAUGCGCUCAUCAUGGACUUAGACAUAGGCAUUUGUUCCGAAGCCGAGAAAAAACAAAAAAAGAAAUUACUUUUAGAUUAUUUGUGGGAAAAUUUAAGAUAUCACAAUUGGUGGGCGUACAGAUAUUACGUGUGUGAGCUGCUCGCCCUUAUAAAUGUGAUAGGUCAAAUGUUUCUUAUGAAUCGAUUUUUCGAUGGCGAAUUUAUGACAUUUGGCCUGGAAGUGAUAGAUUAUAUGGAGACCGAUCAGGAAGAUCGCAUGGAUCCGAUGAUUUACAUAUUUCCCAGAAUGACCAAAUGUACAUUUUUUAAAUAUGGUUCAAGUGGGGAGGUGGAGAAACACGACGCCAUUUGCAUUUUACCAUUAAACGUUGUUAAUGAGAAGAUUUACAUUUUCCUUUGGUUUUGGUUUAUCUUAUUAACGUUUCUCACAUUAUUAACGCUAAUAUACAGGGUGGUGAUUAUAUUCUCUCCUCGCAUGAGGGUCUACUUAUUUCGUAUGCGAUUUAGGUUAGUGCGUCGUGACGCUAUUGAAAUAAUCGUUCGUCGUUCGAAGAUGGGCGAUUGGUUUUUGUUGUAUUUACUAGGUGAAAACAUAGAUACAGUUAUAUUUCGUGAUGUUGUACAGGACUUAGCGAAUCGUUUAGGACAUAACCAACACCACAGGGUGCCUGGCUUAAAAGGUGAAAUACAGGAUGCAUGAUAUUGGGAGUAUUAGAAGCAAUACAAAAUGCAAUUUGUCGUCUCCAUUUGAAAACCAUCGAAAUCAACAACCACAACAAGAACAAGACUUACAAAGGAAAAUUACAACCACAAUGGAAUCUAGAGAUCUUCGCAGCAGCCGCUUCAUAACAAACUCAACACACCGCUAAAAAAUCUUUAAAAAACGUAUCUCAAAAAUACAACCAAAAAAACUAUCGUCAGCUCGCAGUCAGUCAUAAAUCAGCAUUUUCAACCAUGAUCGAUAGUCGAUUGAAACACAACCAGAAACCACAGGGCAUAGAACCACAAAUGAAGUACAGAACCAAACGGAAGCGGAAUGAAUGCAGCAGGAGCAUGGAAGAAAAUAGGAAAACAUCAAAACAGCCACGCAACGAGAGGAACUACAAGUAACGAACAAACUCAAAGUCAAUCAAUUAAAGUAACGAAAAUAAGUAAACGGAUAAUGGAUAGUCGGAGGAGAGAGCACGGAAGUCCUGCGACUUCCGGACAGGAUCGCCAGGCCGGUGGCAAGUAGCGCCCGCCGUCGGUCAGGGGUCACAAGGUCACAAGUCACAAGGGAUCGCUUGGGAAAUUAGCGAUCGGCGACCCAUAGAAAAGUUGCCCCAAGGACAAGGUCAAAGUGUGAGGAGAACAGCCACAGAGGACAGCUCCGGAAACGGAAACGGACGGACCCGCACGCACACAAACACCCACACACAGACGACGCCACACACCACACACAACCACGCUUACAGCGACAUCACUCAUACGCCCCGUAGAACACACCGCACUUUGCUUGUCAUGCAGCGUUAACUAAACCAAACAUCAACAAAGUCGAGACGACGCCCGCGGAAAAUUGCAUUUCUGUAUUAACCCCAAUGAAAAACGGAAACGUAGAAGGAGAGGAGAGGAAAACGAUAUGAUCCGCAGAGGAUCAGCAUCACUUUCACCGAGGAAAGCAGGAGCACCCACUCAAACGAGAUGCUACGGCUACAACAACACGAAACAACAACAGUAACGACAACAAAAGCGGCAAAUGAAAGUCAAGAAAAUCGCAAGUGGAAAUCGCAGAGGGGAGUAACAGUUUAAUUAAAUUAAAUUCAAUUCAAUUAAAUUACUUAUUACAAUGAUAUCUUGAAGUGUUCAUGUAUUCGAAUGUAGGUUAACUAAGUCAAGCAUACAAAUAAUUCUACAUAUAUGUAUAAUAUACAUAUUAUAUAUAUAUAAACAAUUUUUUUUUCUAACUCUAAGCAUUUGUAUUACCCGCUAAACAAAUGAACAACAAAACGAAAAGAAACGACAAAAAACAAUGAAAAAUCAACCAAAAAAAGCAAACUGAAAACAGAAUUUUUUGUAUACAGAAAUGAAGGAAAAUUGAAAUCCAAAACGAGCAGAUAGAGAGUAAAAGAAGGAAAAACGAAAGCCGAAGAGAAACGAACAGAAAAUAUCAGUAAAUAUCAAAGAAAGUUCAGAAAAUACCAUACCGAAUACCGAAAACCGAAACAAAAGAUACAUUUACAUAGUUUAAUUAGAAGAAACUAUAGCGCGAAUCACAUUAUAUAACCGAAAGUCAGAAAAACAGAGAAACCUAAUCUGAGAACCGACCGAACAGAACUCAUCUCCCAACUCACAAGGACGGGCGGAAACGGAAAUGUUUUAAGCUCACUCACACUCACACACACAGACACCACACACCACUCACGCGUGCAGCAUGUAAAGCUAUAUAAACGUAUAUAAUUAUCAAUCGAUCACUCAGCAAAGAGAGCAGCCAACAUUCGCAGCAUAAAUCAAUUAACUCCACUAAUAAUAGAGCAUACUCAACUCUCUCUCUUUCUUCGAAAAAUACGCCUAGUACUCAGCGGACAAUGCGAAAAUCCCCAGGAAAAACGGGCGGAACACUCACGCUUGCCACAUGAAUCAAGUGUAAACAUAGCGAUAGCAAUACUAUAAUACCGCUAGCGAAUACAGUCCCAAAAAUGAGGGUUCAGUUCAGCAGUUCGACAAUUCCCCCAAAGUCAGUGUGUAUGAGUAGGCAUUGCAGGAGGCCCUCCUGUAGCAGUAGGAGAGACCCUCCGAAAGUUAGUCUGCACCCAUCCACGAGUUCGUCAUGUGCUACAAAUCGUAAUAUCCGUCCAGAAAACCUUUUGAAGCGCGCCUCCCCCUACACUUUCUAUAUCCGCUGGGAGAACCCAUCCCGCUCUCUCUUCUGGAAAUCCGAUCCUUGAGCUGCGCUCCAAGCGACUUCCGUAUGCCCCAAGAAGUGGACCAAAGAACCAGUCAGCCCCUCGCAUUUUCCCCAUCUCUCAAAGGACGACCAACAAAAUAAGUACACAGCCAGAAAAAGCCAAGCCAGAGAUGCAAGUCUUACAACAAUGUCACUGCCAACAGAACCAGUUAAAGUAAAAUCAAGUUAAAAUAGAAAAUAAAGUGGUGGAGGGUCUGCAAUGGAGGGCUUCUCCCGCGGGGCUGAGCCUGCAAUGCCUAAAGUACAGCAAAAAGCGAAAGGAAUUUACCCCGCAGAUUGUUCCUUGUCACGAAAAAUCAGGAAUUGCCGGUUGGACCUGCUCAAGACCUCACUCCUUUCGGGAAUUACUUUCGGACUUCGGAUUUGGGAUUUAGAAUCACCUAAUUUGAGUGCUUUUUCCGUCUACUCACACUACUCAGCAUACUCAAAGACGCAUUACGAUUUAGAGGGAGGAGGAGAAGAAGGUGGGGCAAGGUUGAAGCGAAAAAACAAUAAAUGUAACAAUAAAUGGUAAUAAGUAAUUUUAGCGUACUUUUUUUUUAACAGCUUAUAGCCAACUAAGUGAAGUAAUUGUAAUUCUAGUUCAAAGUGAACGAUUUUUGUCUGCGUUUUUUUUCGUCGUGGAUUAGUAGGUUAAGCUACACACAGAUACAGAUACAACCACACACACAACAAAACCACUACCACAAAGAGUAAACGAAAAGCAAAUGUAUAAAUAUCGAGGAUACUUACACUGUAAUUAUAGGGGGGCGAAAUAAGAAGGAAUACCAUACCAAAACGUAAGCAUAUUACAAGGAAAUUGCCAUUAGUCGAUAGUGUUAAAGCGAUACGUAUAUGAUCUACAAUGCUAGGCUAAUGAAAAACCAAAAAAGAAACAAAAAGAAAAGGAAGAAGAAGAAGAAGGAAGGAGGGAGUACUUAGUGUAGCUCAAGAUGGAAUCUCUCGUAUCUCGGAACUCGUAACUCCAACUAAAAGCAAUUGUAAAAUAUCGUAACAGGUCUAGGGGCGAUCGAACAAACAAAAGCAAAAGCAAAUCCAAUGCAAACGAACAAAAAAGCAAGACUUUAUUUUUCAAAGUGUUUGCCGCCAUAUAUUACUCGAAGAACUCGAAAUGUACUAGCUGAAUCUAGAGGUUAAGAAGAACAUUUCAUAGACGCAAUCCUAGAAGCAAUAAGCACAGGCGGAAACGGAAAUGAAAUGAAAGCAGGAACGAAAGCGGAAGCGGAAACAGGCAUCGAUGACUUUUCACAACGUUUCACCACCUCCGGUACAGUUCUAUUCACUUUUCUCCACACAGCACGGCACUUCUCUCUCUCUCUCUCUCUCUCUAACACGCCUUAUCCCGUCUCUUUCACACUGAUCUUCAAACUAUUUCCACGCUUAACAGCCUGUUUCCACUUCAAAGUGGUUUUAAAUGACAAGUGCGAACAGUGCGUUUUUACUCAGAAGGACAGUGAAAACAGGCCAGCACACUGUACAUCCCGUUUCAAAAACCUCUAAAAAAAGAAAAUUCUGUUUCUUGCUUUUCAGUGACCCAGAAACUCGGAGUAUGUGUUUGUCUUUGUUUGUUCAUUAGUUUGUCAAUUUGUUUGUUUGUUUGUUGGCUUGUUCCCGGUCCGAUUAUAGUUUUUGUCAUAUUAUUUGUGUAUAAUUAUAAUGUAUUUUUUGGUGGCUAAGUUAAGGCUUUAGUUCUGUAACUUCUACCGUACUUUCUCACUCAUUUGUUUUUUCGUGCAAUAAAAACGAGACUUGUAUACAUAUCAUUGUUUAUUUGGUUUUAUUUUUGGGGUUGCCUUACAUAUUCUCCACCCACUCUCCCUCUCUCUAUCUUUAUCCCCGUCUCUGUCUAUCUUUCUCAGCACCAGCACAACAACAGCAAAACACAAAUACGAAGAAGAAAGUCAAUUUCUCACGGCUCAAGAACGCAAUAAAAAAUGAACCAAGAAAUCGAAUCGAACUAAAGUAACAAUUAGUGAAGCAUAUUGGUGAAAUACUCGUAACUUAUAUUUUAAAUCGAAUUAGUGAGUGAUUAGCGCAACGGUAACGAUAAAAAUACAUUUAGUUGAAUUCCCUAGCAGAAUCGAAUCGAAUAGUGAGAACUUUUUAUUAGGAAGCGAAAGCGUUUUUUAAUUGUAUACUAAUCGAAUCAAAAUUGUAAAGAACAAAUAAAAAAAUAUUGCAUACAAAUUGAAACUGCCAAUUCACAUUCUCAGACAAAUUUUUACAAGGCUUAAGCUAAAACCAAAACCAAACCUUACAAUACCCAAUUAAUAGCACUAAGCGAAAAUAUACAAAAUUGCUGAAUAUUACAACCGACAAGCGAAACAAAAUCGAUAAAUCGUAAAAUCGAGCUCGUGUUUAGAUCGAUAACGAGGCCCACGACUUUGUUUUUGACGCUCCUUCGUUUCGUUUUCUCCGAUUUUCGAUAUCCGAUAGCCAAUACAUCCGAUAGUCAGUCGAUAGCCCAUAUCGGAUUGCGGCUCAGGCUUACUUUAGUCACUUAGCGUAUAUAUCAAUUUGUGUGUGUGUGAACAAAUAGCAGACAAUAAUUAGUGAAGGGAACUUUUUAGGCGAGAUCGAGGGUCCAGGACUGAAAUACCGAGGGAAAGUUUCCCCCUUUCCUGGACUAAGGGGCAUGGCUGGGGAUUUUAACAAGCAGAUAAGUUAUUGUCUUCCAACCUAGCGUAAAGUUUCACUUUGGUCAAAAUACUGUGUUUGCCAGCUUAAGUGUUGAUUAGUUUUAAUUUCCGAUGAUUUUCUCAACUGUUUAUUUUUUAUUCUUAUUAUAUUCUGUACUAAUGCCACGCCCCAAGAUCUCAAAGGCUUGAAAGUGAUAGAAAGGGAUUUAUUUCUUUGGUGGCCCAGAGUUCAGCAGCAAAGUUAGCGAGCAGCAUUUGAUGAAGUGUAUAGGAAAACUGCCUUAAAGUGAUUUUCAAGUAAGACCGAUCGAUCAACCAGCAAACCGUGUACAUAUAUUAUAUAGAGGCCGAGAGUCGAGUCGGUGAGCAUUUUUUUUUACUAAGAACAACCUACGAGUAAGCCUAACUUUUAACACAAGAACAACCAUUACACACGACCUGUACAUAGCCGACAUACAUACAUACGAACACCCUGCAUAUGUAUAUAAAUAUAUAUAUGCAAGCAUAUACCUAUAUAUAAAGUGUUUUAUAACGAAAUGGAUUAGUUGGUAAUUGUAGAGCGAGACAUCUUUAACAAAAUUACACCUAAGUUUUCCAGAUUCAGAUGACUUUUUAACCAGACAAAGCGAACGGCAAAAAGCAGCAGGCUGGCAGGUAGACAAAUUAUGAAAUUAUCGAAUUAAAAUUAUGAAAUUAUAAAAUUACGUAGAAAAGCAGUCAGGAUAAGGACUAUUUGUAUUUCAACUUGUUUUCCAGGAGAUCCUAAGUUUAGUCAAACGUAAUGUAAUGUAAAUGAUAAAACGAAACAAACGUAUGUAAAAUAAUUGCAUAAAUAAUUUCAAAUAUAUUCGCCGAUUGCCUUCAACUAGAGGAAUUUUGAUUACACUUAAUAACGAAUACUAAAUAUUUAAUAAUAAAUUAAAUAACGCAUUGAAUAUUUAUACAAAGCAAAAGGUAAAAACAACUAUAAAUAUAUGAAAGAUGGAAAAUUGAAUGUGGAGAAGUGGAGGAGUGGCUAGAGGAGCAGAAGGGAAGAACAAACGCAGAAUGGCAGACGCAGACAGAGAACAACAAAUCUACACAAAAAUGAAAUUCAAAAAGAACUGAAGUAAAAACAAAGAUUUUAAAGCAGUAACAAAUGGCAAACAAAAGAGAACAAAUGAAAAAAAUAAAUAAAAAUCAAGAUAAAGCAUUCAUAUUUGUACACUAAACCCGUUAAGGAGUACGCAACUUAUACACGCAAUAUUAGACUAAACCGACUUCGAUAACCGAUAAACGAUAGAUUCCCCAGCCCCCAGCACAGAAGGCGAGGGUCCCCGUUCCCGAAAAGAGCCCCGAUCUUCAGCUGCUUGAAAAUUGAUUACAAACUUUUUCUGUUAACUAGAGACACUCGCACAUAUCCAAUGAAAGACGUCGAUUACUUUCCAUCCCCAUUCCUAUCGAAAGACCACCACCCCUAGAUACGCACACCCAAGAAUCGAAAUCGAAAUCGAUGGCAAGAUCGAGAUCACAACCACAAUUAAGAUUACAAUUACAAUGGCCACCACAACUACAGAUGCACAACCACUGGAGCGAAGGACAUGCGAAUUAAGAAGCUGAUAUAGGAGCUGAAGGAGUAGUUCGAAUCUAGUGAAUACUUUUAGGCGUUAAGCGUACUUCUAGUUUGUAUCACUUAUAUACACACAGAUAUAUCUAGGUAUAUGGAUAUAGCAUAAUUAUACAGAUAUACAUACCUAUCGAUAACUCACAUACCGCAUACAACUAGCCAGUGGAAGUCGAAGUCGAGCGCAAAUCGCAGAUGAUCGAUAACAAUCGAUCCGAGUCGAUAGGAGGCGAGGGAGGUGUAGAUCCAAUCUUUUUUUUGUACUUGUACUUAUAUGGUAAUUGCUAACGGUAUAUGGUAAAUGGUAAAAGCAAAAAGGUAAAGGUAAAGAUAAACGGUAACGGUAAUUGUCAUUUAACUAGUUAUAACGUGCAGUUAUCGUAAUUUAUGAUUAUCGAUUUUUGAGUCUUGAGUACGAUUAUUACGGAACGUUUAAUUUUGUUAAUACGAAAACAAAACGCGAGCAUGGUUAAUAAAGCUUUAAUUUGAAGCUAUAUAGGUAUAUAUAUACGCCCAUAUAUAUAUAUGCCCACACACAGACACACACACCCUGACACACACACACAAGGAAACGUCCUCAGUUUAUAAAUUUUCAAAUGAGUGACAUGGAAAACUUGAAACGAAAACGAAACGAAAACACGUAGGCAGUACGAACUAGGUUUUAAGGCCCCCAUAUAAGUAAAAUAUAAUUAAAGUUAUUUAACGAAUCAAUUUAUUAUUGAUGGCGAAUGGAAACGAUAGCGGUAGCGAUGACGAUAAGGAUAAAGGAUAGUGGUAAAGGUAAUGCUAGCGAGAGGGGAGAGCCAGGCAGGAUAGGAUGGGUCGGGCGCGGUCAUAUAGAUCAUAUGCGAUCGUAUAUCCGAUAUCCGUCGAUAUAUGGCCGGCAUAUACGUGCACACACAUACGUGCACACGUGCCCCGGUCGCCAUACAUAUACACACACAUAUACUAUAUGCAUAAUACCAGUGACGAGAAUUUUUAGUCUAUACUAAUCGAAUCGAUCCGAUCGGAGGCGGAGGAGAAGGAGAUGAGAACGAGGAGGCAAACAAAUCUAUAUACAAUACAUGGCAUACACUUAUAUGAAGCCCCUAUAUUGAGGAUAUAAACGUGAAUUUUUAGCAGACUAAGUAAUAAAUUAUACACUCACACAGGCGGACAUAAUCGAAUACACACACUCAACACAGACACACAGACACACACACACACACACACACACGAACACAGGGCGGUAUGAGGAUAUAUAUUAUAUACAUACGUCAGCAAUACGAAUACCAGUAAUAAUAAUUCUAUGCAAUAAAGCGAGGAGGAGUGAGUACUAAGCGGAAACGGAAGUGGAGGCGAGAACACCUAACAUUUAAGACACCGAACAAAAAAUCGACUUGUAAAUAACAGACACUCCCACAAACACACCAACACACACACACACACACAGACAGACCGCAGACAGCCACAUCAGUAUACAUACACCCACUCACACACAGCCACACACACCCACACUCACACAUUUUACGAUUAGUUAAUUUUACAAACUAAAAUUAUUGCAGCAGGCGCAUUACAUAAAAUGAAAUACAACUAAAAUGGCAGAACGAAACGAAAAUAAAACCAAAAUCAUAUGCAUUAAAGUAAAGUAAAGGCAAGGAGAAAGCGAAGGCAAAGUGAGAGAGUAAAGCGAAUGAGCCCAGUGGUCGGCAAGGGGGCGGGGGAAAACUCUUCACCCGAGCCACGCCCCACGCCCUCGAACGCCCAACAAAAACGCAAAACGAACAAGAAGGCCAGGGACGUUGAUGGGAAUUAAUAAAUUACCAAGUAAUAUUAUAAAAUAUUAUUAUAUAAAUUAUUAUAAUUAUAAAUUAUUAUUAAAGAAGCAAGCAAGAAACGUAAAAACGAAAAACAAACCAGAUUAAAGAGACAAAACGAAAAAAAAGAAAAACACAAAAAAAAACAAACAAAACCAAACAUAAACCAAAAACACAUUAUUAUAAUGCGAUAAUUGAGUAAUCAACAAAACGAAUUGACAACGUUGUAUGAUUUUGAUCAGAAAGUAAUAAAAAACAUUUUCGAUUUGUUACGAAAUAUACAUAAAUA